AAUUCUUCCACCUAUAUAUACCUCUCCCUAUCAUUAAUCAUCAACCGAAAACAGUACCGGAUUUUGUUCCAAAUAUAAACUAUCAGACUUGAAAACAUUUGAUUCAAUUUUGAAAAAGAGUUAUGGGAAAUGAUGGAUUUGAUUCCGAUUUUGCUCUUCUUGAGUCUAUUCGCCGUCAUCUGUUAGAUGAUUCCACCAUGAAUUCCAUCAGUGGAGCUCCACCGAUGAAUUGCCGGACCAACACCUUGUUUCCUUGCUUGUCGGACACCUGGGGUGAAUUACCCUUGAAACAGAACGAUUCUGAUGACAUGUUAAUAGCUCGGUUUCUUCACGAAACGUUGGAUUUCGAGAGCCUGCUGUCGCCGGGAAAGACAAUGAUACCAAACAUCGCCACUGUUAAAUCUGAGCCGGAGGUUUUUGUGGGAUCGCCGGAGAUUUCAAGUUAUGAAAAUGGAUCGCCGCCGCAGACGGUGGGAGUUGAUGAUGUGACGCAACAGAAGGGGAAACAUUACAGGGGAGUGCGACGACGGCCUUGGGGUAAAUUCGCGGCUGAAAUUCGGGAUCCGGCGAAGAAUGGUGCUCGGGUGUGGCUAGGGACGUUUGAGACGGCGGAAGAUGCGGCGUUUGCAUAUGACAGGGCGGCGUAUAAGAUGCGUGGUUCUCGUGCUUUACUAAAUUUCCCACUCAGAAUUAAUUCCGGUGAGCCGGAGCCGGUACGAAUAACCUCAAAACGGAAAGCAACUUCGCCGGCGAGCUCAUUGGAAUAUCGAUCGCCAAAGAGGACAAAUAGUUAGCAGUUGAUGAUGGAUGCUGACUGUGACUAUGGAAUGUGGAUCACUUUUUGUUUAAUUUAUUAUUUUAUCGCGUGUAAAUGGCUGUUUUUUUGCAUAAAUGACAAAUUUAUUAUUUUUUAUUCAUACAAAAUCCAACUAAUUUUCCUUAAUUCACUGAAAUCUCUA